AUGGUGGCUCAAGAGAACCGUACUGUGCCAGCCAAGUUUGUGGCACGGGCAGAAAUAAGUUCCCCGACCACGUACGACAGACUCCGCCGGGUGGAAACAACGCCGCCGGAGACGGGCGCAACACAGUCGAAUAUCGGCGCGCCGGGGGCAGAUGCCAGGGCGUCUGGGUCCAGGCAGAGCGAGCCACAUCUGGACACCUCCGCGUUCGCCCUGUCCGGAGACUCGGCGCACAACCAGGCGAUGGUCCACUGGUCUGGACACAACAGCAGCGUGAUCCUGAUCUUGACCAAACUGUACGACUUCAAUUUGGGGGCCGUUACUGAAAGCUCUCUGUGGCGGUCUGUGGAUUAUGGAAGCACUUACACCAAGCUCAAUGACAAAGUGGGUUCAAGGACAGUUUUAAGUUAUCUUUAUGUCUGCCCAACCAACAAGAGGAAGAUAAUGAUGCUUAGCGACCCAGAGAUAGAGAGCGCUGUUCUCAUCAGUUCAGAUGAAGGGGCCAGCUUUGAGAAGCAUCCCAUUAACUUCUAUAUCCAGAGUCUGCUCUUCCACCCAGCACAGGAGAACUGGAUACUGGCUUACAGUCACGACAGCAAGUUGUACAGUUCAGUGGACUUUGGGAGGAAAUGGCUGCUUGUCCACAACAGUGUGAUGCCAGGGAGAUUCUACUGGGCGGUAAUGGGACUGGAUAGAGAAUCGGAUGUGGUCCACAUAGAGACACGCAUUGAGAAAGGCCGUGCCCAGUAUGUAAAGUGCCCUGCCCAACGAUGUACUGAAGCCAACAGACAGUACCUCUUCCCCGGACACGUAGACACCAACUCCCUGGUUGUGCAGGACGAAUAUGUCUUUACUCAGGUGACCAAGUCAGGACGAGCCAGCUACUUUGUAUCUUACAUGAGAGAAUCAUUCAAGCGGAUGAAAUUACCGAAAUAUUGUCUGCCCAAGGACAUGCAUAUCAUCAGUACUGAUGAGAAGCAGGUGUUUGCAGCAGUUCAGGAGUGGAAUCAGAACAAUACCUACAGCCUGUACAUCUCAGACUCGCCUGGAGUCUACUUCACCAUCUCCCUGGAGAAUCUACGGACAAGCAGGGGACCUGCCGGCAACCUACUAGUCGACUUUUAUAAGGUGGAGGGUAUAAAUGGCAUGUAUCUGGCCAACAAACAGGUGGAUCAUCAAAUAAAGACUUUUAUCACAUACAAUAAGGGGCAAACGUGGGCUCUUCUGCCAGCUCCUGCCGUUGAUGUGGCUGGAAAUAAACUUCACUGCAUUCUGCCGUUAUGUUCACUGCAUCUGCAUCUGGAGAUGUCAGAGAACCCCUACACCUCUGGACGCAUAUCUAGCAAAGACUCUGUACCAGGGAUCAUUGUGGCUACAGGGAAUAUUGGAACGGAGUUGUCCUCCACUAACCUUGGAAUGUUUAUAUCAUCUGAUGCAGGGAAUAGCUGGAGACAGAUUUUUGAGGAGGAGCACCACAUCUGGUUUCUUGACGAUGGGGGUGCUUUGCUGGCAGUCCUACAUGCAACAGCACCGAUAAGACACUUAUGGAUAAGUCUAGACGAAGGCAAGAAAUGGGAUCGUCACAGUUUCUCCUUGGCACCUCUGUAUGUGGAUGGAGUUUUAAUGGAGCCCGAAAUGGAGAAACACAUUAUCACUUUCUUUGGACACUUCAGCCAUCGGUCAGAAUGGCAGCUGAUCAAGAUAGACUACAAGGGCAUCUUCAGUAGGAGAUGCAUGGAUGGAGAUUACCAGACAUGGCAAUUACACAACAAGGGCGAACCAUGUGUGAUGGGUGAGAAGCAGAUCUAUAUGAAGCGACGGCCAGGCAACCGUUGUAUACUAGCCCAGGAUUACUCCAGAGUCUAUUCCUCAGAGCCAUGCCUCUGCAGAGCCUAUGAUUUUGAAUGUGAUUAUGGGUUUGAACGUCAGGCAGAUGGGAAGUGCUCUCCUGCGUUUUGGUUUGAUCCAAACGCAGCCACAAAAAGCUGCAGUACCAGCCAGACCUUUCUUAACAGUACAGGGUAUCGGAAAGUUUUGUCUAAUAAUUGUAAGGAGGCAUGGAAGAACAUGUAUUCACCCAGGAGGCAGGCGUGUCGUUCCAGACCUCCCAGAGGCCUGCGGUUGACCACCAGCCAAGGAGAGCUCAGUGCUACCGUUGGAAGCAAUGUUACCUUCUUGGUGUAUCUGGAUGUUGGAGACUCACUGAGGACCAAUAUCCAGCUAGACUUUGGGGAUGGCAUCAAGAUCACAUACUCCAAUGUGAGCAGGACAGAUGAUGGAAUCAAGCACAGCUACAGAACUACUGGGAUUUACCGCGUGGCAGCUUAUGCUGAAAACAGCCAGGGAUCUGCCAGCAGCUCCCUGUUUUUACACAUCACCAGUCCAGUGGAGCGUAUAUAUCUCUCAGCUCCUAUUGUAGCCAUCAGGGGGAAGGAGGCUAAUCUUACCGCUGUGGUUUGGCCCAGCCAUUCCAGAACAUUGACCUUUUUCUGGUGGUUUGAAAACAGCUCCGAGCCCAUUAUAACCUUGGAGGGGAGCCUUUCGCACACAUUUCUGAGAGAAGGAAUAAACAAGGUCACAGUCCAGGUUGCUUCUGGCAGCAGUGUGAUGCAGGAUUCAAAAGUUAUAACUGUUAAAGAGUUCUUCAGGUCGCUGCCGUUGUCGUUCUCACCAGUUCUUGAUGAACAUAACCCUGACAUCCCUGAGUGGCGGGAGGACAUAGGACGUGUUGUUCAGAAAGCUUUGUCACAGGUGUCUGGUUUUCCUGAAGAGCAGCUGCUGGUAUCGCUGGACCAAGGCCUUCCCACUAAUGCAGAACUUUUUAUUCUGCCAGACAAAAACACGCCGUCUGAACACAAGAAGAAGAAUGAAGCUCUAGAUAGGAUAUCUGGAUUUUUUGUCAAUGCCCUCAACCAAGGCUUGAUUCAGUUUGAGUUGAAAGCUGAUGUUCACAUUAUAGUGUACAUCGAUCAGCAAACUUUGGCACCACUUGUGGAUUCAAACUCCAUCCACAGUGGCUCAGCCAUGCUGAUGCUGCUCUCCGUCGUGUUUGUUGGUUUAGCGGCCUUUUUCAUCUACAAGUUUAAGAGGAAAAUCCCUUGGAUCCACGUCCAAGCGGAGGACAGCCAUGAGAAAGAACCGGAGGUCCUCAGCACAGUGGGUCAAAAUGACAACAUGUCCAAGGUCAAACUCAGUGAGUUUCCAUCUCAGGAGGAGGUCAUAGAAAAAGAGGGUCGCAGCAGAGGAGGAAUUGGAAGAAAUAUGGAGAGAGUGAUUACAAGGGAAUUUCCAAACUGUACCAAUGUUUAA